UCCACGAACAAAACUACCUCAAUAAGCAAAUAUGCAAGCUCUUACGUCAAGCAUCACGAACUCUUCGUCCUCAAUUUGCCUUUCUCCUCAUGAUUUUCUACAUGGCCAGACACCAUCCUAGUCACUCCUCAGUUACCUCCGAAUCAUCCACGCAAUCGCGUCCAGAAUCAGUCGUGCGUCAGCCACCAGCAUUACCUCUAUAAAAAUGCUCCUCUUGAUAACUGCUUCAAUAUCACCGACGGCAAGAACAAGAAGAAGAAGAAAUUUGAUCUUUCCUAUCAGUCACAAAGUCACGAUUAAACCCAAAGUUCAUACUUACCAUCUUUAUCAAGAAAAAGAAAAUGGGAGACGUGGAUCCAGCCUUCAUACAAGACGUCGAACACAGGCCAAAUCUCGCACCCCUUCAAGCCGAAAGCAUCCCGCUCAUUGACCUCGCUGCCCUCGCCGGCUACUCACCCUCAGAUGGUGCGGCCGCUGACUCUGCUGCCAUCAAAGGGCUCGUGGCGGAGAUAGGGGAGGCGUGCAAGGAGUGGGGGUUCUUCUCCACGGUGAACCACGGGGUGCCAGCGGAGAAAAGGGAGAGGAUUGAGCGCGAGGGGAGGGAGUUCUUCAGGCAGGAUUUGGAGGAGAAGAAGAAGGUGCGGAGGGAUGAGAAGAGGACGCCGGGGUACUACGAGACGGAGCACACCAAGAACGUGAGGGACUGGAAGGAGGUCUUCGACUUCACCGUGCAAGAGCCGACGGUCUUCCCCGCCUCGCCCGAGGACGGCGAAGAGGGUGUCAUUGAGUGUACCAAUCAGUGGCCCGAGUACCCUCCUGGACUAAGGGAAGCAUGCGAAGAUUAUGCACAGGAAGUGCAGAAACUCGCGCACAAGCUGAUGGGACUGAUAGCUCAGAGCCUGGGCUUGCCCGCUAACAGGUUUGAUGAAUUCUUCAAGGACCAGACCAGCUUCGUCCGGAUCAACCACUACCCGCCGUGCCCCACACCGCACCUCGUUCUGGGCGUGGGCCGCCACAAGGACUCGGGGGCGCUCGCCAUUCUGGCUCAAGACGACGUCCCAGGCCUCGAGGUGAAGAGGAAGAGCGAUGGGGAGUGGGUCCUAGUCAAGCCCAUCCCUGAUUCAUUCAUUAUCAAUGUUGGCGACAUUAUUAAGGUUUGGAGCAACGAGGUGUAUGAUAGCGUGGAGCAUAGAGCGAUAGUGAACUCGAAGAGAGACAGGAUCUCGAUUCCAUUCUUCUUCAUGCCGCCGCACUACACCAUGGUGCAGCCGCUGAAGGAACUGACCGAUGAGCACAACCCUCCAAAGUACAGGCCGUACAACUGGGGCAAGUACCGGGUCUCCCGACAUGCGAGCAACUUCAAGAAGCUCGAUGUCGAGAACCUCCAGAUUGACCAUUUCAGGAUAUAAGAUUGGGCAGUAGAAUCUCCAAAAGAUGACCAUCUGUUGUGCUGAGUCGCUGGAGUUUAUGUAGCAAAAUUGUAGCUGAAGCUUUUCUAUUAGCAUUGGCAACUUCGCAGUAGAAUGUAAUAAAUGCGACCGUGCAUUGUGGAUAUUGUCUAUUUACCUAAAUAAAUAAUGUAGCUGAGCAGUGAGCACAGCGAUUUC